AUGCUUGCAACACCAAACUUCGCUCAGCUUCAGAAAUGCCAUAUGGAAUACUGCCAGCUCGAUGAUAUGCAGCUAUCUACAGAUCCAUUGGUUCUUCAAUUAUCUUUUCCAGAUCAAUGUGAGUUCCUCAGAUUGUCUGCCUACUUUAAGUUCGCAUCCGAUAGAAAUAAACGCAACAUGGCUCUUAACACAUUCCAAAAGCACAUUAUGCUUAUACAAAACUUUGUUUGCCGUGGAGACUACACCGACUUCGAUCGCGGAGUUGCCUGUGGUGUUCAAUUCGGACCAAACUACAUGCUCGUUAAUACAGAAAGACUGAAAAUCUUUAUGGGUCGCUCUAAGUCUUGCCUCAACGGCUGCUUCCACAAAUGCGGUUAUUAUCAUUCAAGAAUCUUAACUGAAGAUAAUCAAAUCCUUUCCGAAUUUUCCAGAAAGUUCGGAAGACAGCUUCCAAAUCCACGCCGCUGGUGCAUAAGAUCCAACGAUCCAAAGAUCGCUGCUCCAUCUUCUGAUGCCCAAUCAGAAAGUGACUUGGAGAUUGAACCAAUAGAUUGUGUAUUUAAUGUUUCUUCUCUCCUUAAUAGAAAGUCCGAAUCCAUAUAA